AUGAUACCAAGGAAAUCUAUAGAUCAAGUUAGCCCUCGACAAAUGCGAAAACGGCUAAUGCAAGCUUUUAAUGGAUGUAAUAAUAGAGAAUCUAUAAACUUAGUUGAAAAUAUUUCAACUCUCACACGUGAUGAUGGUGUACGAUAUGAUACUAUUCUUGAAAAUGAUGUUUAUGAUUAUUCUCAACAAAAUGAUCAAGAAGAUGAACUUGAACAUAAAUGUGUGUUUGAAGUGGAAGAUGAAUCUGAAUUAGAUCAACCCGAAGAGAGAGAAGUCAAUUUUGAUGAACAGGUUUACGAAAAUGCUCCAAUAACAGUAUCAAAUAGCAUGUUUCUCAUAUUAAUGAUUUUUUUACGUCAUAACGUUUCACUAGAGUGCAUAGCUGAUAUAAUUGCUGUUAUUAAUUUGCAUUGUAUGAAAAGUAGACUGGUUAAAAACAGUCUGUACAAAUUUAGAAAAUAUUUUUCUUUAGAUCAUUCUGAAUUUAUUAAACAUUACUAUUGCCAUUUCUGUGGUCGAGUGCAACUGGAGUCUGACAGCAUUUGCAUGAAUUUUACAUUAGAAACAGGUGGUAAUGUUCACGUAUACCCAUAUACUAAUAAUAUUGAGAAAAGAACAUUACAAAAUUGCAGAUCAUUUGCUGACAAUGCUUCAAGAGAUGCACCAAUAAUGGGAAUCAAAGGUCCCACAGCACUUUCACUGAUUAUGCCUGAUUAUGUCAUGGGGAUGGCCAUUGAUAGGAUGCAUUGUGUAGAAGGUGGUGUUACUGUGUACAGAAUCUUGGACCAUUGUGGGUAUAUUCUUGUUUCGAAUAUGAGGAUAUAA